AUGGCUGCCUACGUAAAGAGUUCCAAUUUGGAUAAUGUGGCUACUACUGUGACCGCUACUACUACUAUAACCACAUUAUCAUCAGAUUCUAUAUCAGAAUUCGAUGAAAUCGACAGUUUGCAUUCAGAAAAAGAAAACAACUUUUAUAAAAACUUCAAUAAAAAUAAUUCUAUCUAUAGCAAUAAUAAUAGCGUUUAUUCACAAGAUAAGAUUAGUUAUAAUUUUGAUGAUGAAGGCUCUAUGGAAGUCCUACAAUUCCAAAAUUAUAUUCAAAGUGCAAUUAUUAUAUUUACUGUACUUAUUGCAAAUGAUAAAUUUAAUCUUUUAAUGCCCCGUGAUUAUCAAGCAAUGAUUAAAGUUGAACUACUGGGUGUUUUGCCAAUUUUUUUUAUUACAUACGCAAAUAAAAAAUUUGACUUCGUUUAUUUGUUCUAUUUGCCAUUUUUUGUUUCAUUAACAUGUUUAAAAAAUAAUAUGACUUUAACGAUUAUUAACAGUAUAUUACUAAUAAAUAUCUUAGAAUUUUCAUUUUUCAGGACUAUUGUCAUUCAAUCAAUCCUUAUUUUGUGGGUAUACACAAAUGACUUUAAACUAAGUACAAACAUUAAUGCUUGGUACCUAAUUCCAAUUCCUAUUAUUCUGAAUCAUUGUUUUGCUAGAAUUCUAAUGAAAAUUUCUAAGCUUAAAAGCUUAGACAUUAUCGAAUGCAAUAUAUUCAGUGUUCUAUUAACGAACAUUCUAUUUUUAAUCCAUUCAGAUGCCAUAUAUUUUCAAAUUUUGAAAGUUACAUUAUCAUCAUUAUUUAUUACAAUAAGCAUUAAUUUUGUUAUUUCUUAUUUAAUAUUUGAUCGGCUUAAUAUUUUUAAAACGGUAAAACCCAUUCAUAAAUCCUUAAUACUUUUAUUAAAUUUUAUUGUUCUAUUUCCAAUGUUGAUUACUAAUAUUUUAAAGUCCAUAGACAACAGAUCUCCCUUGAAUUGGCUAUUUAAUUAUAUUCUUUCAUCAAAUACAAGACAAAAUAUUUUAACAAUUUGGUUGUCAAUAUUAUUGUUAUCGAUUCCCACUGUUACAGUUUUUAAAAAUUUGAUAUCAUUAAACACUUCCAGGAAAGUUUGGCAUUUUUUAAUUUUACUUUGUAUUUUAAAGCCAUUUAAGAUGGAUCCAAAUUUUGUAAAAUUAUCCUUAAGUGGUUCCAUAAUAAUUAUACUAUCAGUAGAAUAUCUUCGCUUUUUGAAUUUAGAACCAUUCGACAAAGUUUUGAAUAAUUAUUUAAAAUCAUUUGCAGAUGCAAGAGAUUCGAAAGGUCCAUUAAUUAUUUCCUACAUCUAUUUAAUUGUUGGUGUUUCAACUCCGCUAUUAUUUAAAGAUUCACCCGUAGGGUUAAUUAGUUUAGGAAUAGGCGAUUCGAUGGCAUCAAUCGUUGGCCAAAAGAUUGGCAAAAUUAAGUGGCCAAAUUCUAAAAAGACUAUCGAAGGUACUCUAGCAUUUAUUGUGUGUACUACAAUAACGUCGGUGUUUUUACAAACAUAUUUAGGUUAUUUUCCUAAUAUUAGAAAAUUAAAUAUUACUUUAAUGUGUACUUUAACUGGUAUACUUGAAGGUAACUCAACCAUGAAUGAUAAUAUUUUAAUCCCUGCAUUUAUGUUAAUUUGUGAGCAGCUAUUGACUUCCAAUUAA